CUAGCCGCCCUCCGAAGAUGGCUUAAUUCUUCUUCCCUUCGAUCAUCCCAAACCCAGAAAAACACAGUAGCUGACCUGAAGAAGAAGAAGAAGACGGCAACAGAGAAAUGGGGAAAAUACCACCAGGGCUGAAGCAAGUAGCUCAGUAUCAGGCAUCAACUAUUCUCAAAAACCAUUCUUCUCCUUCUCCUCCUCCCGUCCCUAAAAAGCCCCGUAAUUUCCCCGAUAAAUCUUCCAAUAGAACACCUCGCAAAUCCUCAACCACCCAGAACCCACAUGCUCCGUCAAUCAUCUUCAAGUCACCCAGCCUCUCCGAUGCUAAAACCCUUUUCAAUUCUUUCAUCGCCUCUGUUUCCCCUUCCUCAGUCGCCUCUAAAUUCCCCAACUCCUUUCUCCAAUCUUUCUCUGCUGUAUCUUCUCUCGAUGACUCAAUCUCUCUCAUCAAACACAUGGCACAGACCCACACCGUCUUCUCUCCAGAACGAUCCACUUAUCACAUCAUUCUCUCCCAAGCCUGUAAAUCAUCGGAUGUCCCUCUCUCCUCCGUCCGCAGGACCCUAGACUUGAUGGCACAGGAAGGCUUUCCACCGGAUAAGGUCACAACCGACAUCGCCAUUAGGAGUCUCUGUUCUGUUGAUCGUUUGGACGAUGCCGUGGAUUUGAUCAAAGAACUCUGCUUAAGGCACGCACCUCCCGAUUCCUACACUUACAACUGCGUCAUCCGAUGUCUCUGCAAGAACAGGUGCUUGAGUACAGUUAACAAUUUCAUAAGAGAAUUGAGGGAGUCUUUCGAUGUAAAGCCAGAUCUAAUUGCAUAUACUAUCUUGAUUGACAAUGUCUGUAACCAAAAGAAUCUCAGGGAAGCAAUCAGGUUGCUUGACUUAUUGAACCAAGAGGGUUUUAAGCCAGAUACUUACGUCUACAAUAUAAUUAUGAAGGGUUACUGUAUGUUGAGUCGAGCUAGUGAGGUUCUUUGGGUUUUCAAUAAAAUGAAUGAAGAUAAAGUGGAACCUGAUUUAGUAACUUAUAAUACACUGAUCUUUGGGUUGUCGAAGUCUGGAAGGGUUAACCUAGCGCAGAAGUAUUUGAAGGUCAUGGCUGAAAUGGGUCAUUUUCCUGAUGCGGUUACAUAUACAUCUUUGAUGAAUGGAAUGUGCAGGGAAGGAAACGUUUUGAGCGCAUUAGAAUUGUUGGAGGAGAUGGAAUCGAAAGGAUGCGAUCCCAAUUCGUGCACUUAUAACACAUUGCUUCAAGGGUUGUGUAAAGCAAAGAAGCUGGACAAGGCAACUGAAUUGUAUAGUGCGAUGAAAUCAGGUGAAAUGAAGCUCGAGUCUGGUUCGUAUGGGUCCUUGGUGAGGGCUCUAUGUAGGAAUGGUAGGGUGGCGGAUUGUUAUGAAGUUUUUGAUUAUGUAGUUGAUAGCAAAAGUCUGACAGAGGUUUCUGCUUAUUCUACAUUGGAGAUUAAUCUAAAAUGGCUGAAGAAAGCAAAGGAACAAGGCCUUGCUGUUUAAUUGAUUACACUCCCAUUUCAGGAACAAGAUCUUGUUUCUAGGAUGAUCUUGCUUGCUAUACCCAAUAAUUACAUUGAGGUUAGUUUAUAUUUGAUUCUUGUGACAUUAAUUCAGAAUUUGGCUUAUAAUGAACACACUAUUAUUGUAUUAGUACUCCAAAGUGUAAGCUGUUUUUUUGGCAAUAAA